UCAAACUGCAGGCAACUUCGGUUCAGGUAACAGUUCACGUCGAAGAAGUUGUAUGUGUUUUAUCUACUAGGACAAAUUAUAUAUGGUUCUUGUAAAUAAAACGUAAUAUCUUUAAUGAACGGAAAAAAUAUAUAUUGUGUGAGAUCGGUCAUUCUGAGAAAUCGAUAACAAAUGGUUAAAAUACGAAAAUAUAAUUGCCAAUGCGUAUUAGAAGAAAAUUUUACGUGACAAACAGAGCUAUUUCGAACUGCUAGACAACAGUAAUAUAGGCAAUUGUUAAGCCGGCAAAUAUGAAAACGGAAGUGUCUUGGAAACGUCGGUUUCUUCGAAAAAAAUUGAAAUACACGUUGUUUUGUGUAUUUGUAGUCGCUGUCAUUUUCGUUGUUCACCAAUUAUUUUAUUUUAAAGAACUUAACCAAGCAGUUGUAGGGAAAUUAAUUAGUGGGUCAGUACGAACUUCUGACUAUAUUAUUACUAAUAAAGUGGCUUCGAAAAGAAACGAAUCGUUUCAUUCUAAGCUCCUUCGAGAUAAGGAUGGUCGAACUGUAUCUUUACAUGGAACACGCGACAAAGACAUUUCCAAAUAUCUGCCAAAUUCACGAGGAAACUUCGUCUGUUUCACGUCGAAAGCAGAGAUAGAUUUUUUAAAAAUUAACGACAAUUACUGUGAUUGUCCAGUGGAUGGUAGUGACGAACCUGGUACCAAUGCAUGUAACAAUGGUGUAUUUUACUGUGAAAUUUCUUCCACGCAAAUUAUAUUGAAGAUACCAUCUUACAAAGUUAACGAUGGAGUGUGUGACUGUUGCAAUGGGUCUGAUGAAUGGACACAACUUGAAUUAUCACAUAUAAAUAAUGACCCUAGGAAUAUAAGUCACUAUAAAUCCAAGUGUCAAAAUAGGUGUUAAUACAUCGUACACUUAAAUACAAGAUAUUUAUUUCACUUGGAUAUAUUAAUUUCCCAUCAAUCAUUCUACUAGUGUAUUAAUGUAUAUAAACCUUUACAUUAUAUAAAUAUUGUUCCAAAUAUUUAUUUUCAACUUUUAAUCAUUUAAAGGUAUAAUGAACUAUCGAUUAAUCAACAUAUCUCAAACACAUUAUUCAAUAUUAAUAGGCUACUUUCUUUUAUAUCAAAUACUGAAAUUUUUCACAAGAAUAUAUGUAAUGUUGUCGUAUUAUAAACUAAAUUUAAAAUUAACAAAUAUUCAAAAGUAACAUACAAAAAUUGUGUAAGAUAUUAUAUGUUAAAUAUUUAUACACGCAUAUUUUUGGAUACAUAGGACACUCAUUUCUGAUUAUUAACACUGUUGGGUUGUUAAUGGAAUUAAUCUUUAUUGUAUUAGCCAGCACUAUAGCAGUUAUCCAUUUUAUUGUCCCUAUACAUAAAUAGUCACAAAUUGUGCGUAUCUAUAAAUAGUGAUCACUACAGAUUUUUUGUGUAUAAUCUGUUAAUAUUUUAAUCUGUUAAUAUAUAAUUUUCUAAUGAAUAUGAAGAAACUUUUAAGCUAAUUGCCAUAAAUUUCUGACAUUUAAACAGGGACAAAAGUUAUAAAAUUUGUUUUGAAAUACUAGUCUUGUAAUGAUCUGUUUUUUGAAAGUUAUUAUAUUUGAAGAGGCAUGAAUUCAUGUUGGCGGUAGCGAAUGUAUUAAUAUUUUUACAAUGAUCUAAGUAAUUUUUACACAGAGAGUAUAUUAUGUAAUAUAACAUAGAAAAAUUAAGUCUUCUCAACAAUAAUGUACUUCGUACUUAUAGUUUUUCCUCGUGAUUAAUUGUUCCUCAAAGCGUACUUUAAUCAAAUCAAAUAAUAAAACAUAACUAAGUAUAAUUUCCAAUAGUUUUAAGAACAUUAAAAUGUAAUUCUAAACUUCUUGGUUCAUCUGCAAAGUGUAAAAUUCGUUUCAAAGGAACUCCCAUACUUUGUAAAAUAUUACAAAACUGAUUUUCUUCUUCACGGAUCCAUGGACGAUGAAAGUCACAAACUUGAUAUGGCGUGACAUGUACAUGAACUCCUAUUUCUGUAAUAGUAUAAAACUUGUUAAUUAUAACUUAUCCAAGUUUAGAAAAUUUUUUUAAUUAUUUUGUUAAAUAUAUUACUUAAGUUUGCAAAAGACUCUAAUAUAGGUUUAUCUGUGAUCCAUGUAUCUUUCAAACCUCCAUGUCCGCCAUCCAACCACCACAUAUAGUCAAUGAGCUUUAUGAAGUUACUAAUUUCAAAAUCAAAAUGUGAUUUAUUGCGAUAGUAAUGAAAUUCAUGGAGUAAUUGGUUCAGUACAACACAGCCUUUGCUAAAGCCCAUUAACGAUAAUGUUGUUUCACCAAUAUUAAAAUGAGUAGGAUCCUAGCAGCUCAAACAUAAUUAAAUUAACUUAGUAUCACAACUCAAAAUUUUGUAAAAAUAUGAUUGAAAAUGUACCUCAUUUUUAUUAUAUGCUUUCAAAUUUUCUAACAAGGAAUUUACUAAUCCUUGUAAAUGUUUUAAAGCGUUAUGACAUGGAGAAAAUGAUGGUACACCAUACUCAUUUGAAGGUACAAAAUUAUCAUAACAACUGAAGCUAGCAUUUCUUGUUAGGUGUAUUCUAAAACAAAGUUGAAUAUAAUAAAUAGUAUUACAUAUUAAUAUAUAAUUAUGAGGUUUACCUUGAUGGUCGAAUGACAAGUACAUGUUUAGUUGGAAAAUUUGUUGAAAGUAUGUGUGCAGUAUUUUCUAAACUCCACUCUACAUAUUUUUUACUAUCUGGAUGUUGUUUCAUAUUUUCCUCAAUAUCCUUUUAAAAAAUUGUUAAUGUUAUAUAAGAAUAAUUAUACACUAAUUUUGUUAUAAUUUGUAACAUUAGAAUAAUACCAUUUUAAUAACAAAGUUAUUAUUAAUAUUCUUUAAUAAGAAAUUCUUUAAAAUUCAUAAUUAUUAAAACUUCUACACAUACUUGUACAUCACCUCCAAAAUAUAUAAGAAUGCCUUGACUUGGAAGUAAUUUUGGACAUAAAUAAAGUAUAUCAUUAAAGUGGUUAGUGUUACCAGAUACCUUUUUCCAAAACCAAAUUUUGGAAGACAUUUCAAAUAAUUAUUUUCAUCAAUCUAAAUCUGGAAAAUAAUGAGAUGUAUAUGGACACAGUUAAAAUUAAUAAA